GCACGAGCCACAGGGGGAGAGAGAGAGAGUUGCACGGCAUAGAUCUGCAGCAGCAUGCUCCUACAGACUGAACAAGCACGAGAGGACUAGACGGACUCCUGAUCUGCGCUCAAGUUCAAACGCUCCUAUUCGACUUUUUCAACACUUGUUUUCCCCCACUUCAACUCUCCGGACCCCGGCACACUUUUCUCUUCAUUUUCCUAUCGUGGAUGAGUGCGGGAAGCGUGGAUGGUUAUGUUUGAAAAGGAUUCAGGACAGAAAGUGGACCAAUCAAAAGGAACAGCCAUGCCUUCUAAUAAGUACUCUGCUGUGAUCAUGGAGGAGAGCAACAACAUGACGGCCACUGCGCCGGUGAACGGAGACACACCUCCAGCUGAGGGCCUAUCAGAGAAUGACAGUGGAGUGGACCUGACCAAUGAGAACAGUCCUCUGACCGCAGCGGAACCGCCCUCUCCCUUCAGCCCAAAGCAGAACGGAGGCGCCGCCUCACCUCAAGAUGGCAACCAGUGCACGAGAGGAAGCAGGAAGAGGAGCAGGAAGAAGUCUGAGGAAGAGGAGAGUACCUGGGCCCCCUACAGUGAGGAGAAGUCUUCAGGAGCGUCUCAGCUGGGUUUGAGACAGACUCCCCGACCCAGAACCAUCUUCCAGGCCGGUCUGACACCGCACGGGCACAACAAACCACGCAGACAGAACCGCAAACAGGAGCACAGCGUGUCACUGUGUGGUGGUCCUCGGGCUGCCGUUCUGUCUGGUGGGGUCCCUGAGGCCCCUCGUCUGGAUCUCAUGGAACAAGACUCCAAGGACUCAGCGCAGAGCAGCAGCACCUCAUCCAGCUCUGAAAUCCAGCCAGAGUACAAUGACAAUAAGGGUUUUGGCAUCGGUGAGCUGGUGUGGGGGAAGAUUAAAGGCUUCUCCUGGUGGCCGGGCAUCGUGGUGACGUGGCGCGUCACCGGCAAACGUCAGGCCAGUCACGGCAUGAGGUGGCUGCAGUGGUUUGGAGACGGAAAGUUCUCUGAGGUGUCAGCAGACAAACUGGACUCCAUCACGGCUUUCCCAAAAUUCUUCAGUCAGGCCUCCUACACCAAACUGGCAUCGUACCGCAGAGCCAUCUUUCAGGCACUGGAGAUGGCCAGUAUCCGGGCAGAGAAGAAGUUCGCUCCCUGUGAGUCUGAUAAUCCAGAGGACCAGGUCAAACCCAUGCUGGACUGGGCAAACGGCGGCUUCCUGCCCAAAGGAGAGGAGGGACUCAAACCUACACACACUGCUGACAGUAACCCUCUGGACCACCAGGUCCUUGAUGUUUCCCUGCCGGAGAAUUUCCCCAGUGCCAAGCGGCCCCGAGUCAGUCUGUGUAAGAACAAGGCGGCCCCUGAGGAGUCCUACAGCAGAGAACAAAUGGUGAAUGAAGUUCUGAAGAAUCAAAGAAGUAUAGAAGAUUUCUGUCUCUCUUGUGGAAAGAUGAAGGCAGCAACCUUCCACCCGCUGUUUGAAGGAGGCCUGUGCCAAACAUGCAAGGACGUUUAUCUGGAGAUGUCCUACAUGUACGAUGACGACGGUUACCAGUCUUACUGCACCGUCUGCUGCGGGGGUCGAGAGGUUCUGCUCUGCGGCAACGUCAACUGCUGCAGGUGUUUCUGUGUAGACUGUCUGGACAUCCUGGUCGACCCUGGAGCGUCAAACAAUGCUCGCUAUCUGGACCCGUGGAGGUGCUACAUGUGCCAGCCGCUUCAGCAGUACGGCGUGCUGAAACAACGACACGACUGGAGCCUCAAGCUGCAGGAGUUCUUUGCCAAUGACAAUGGACAGGAGUUUGAGAAACCAAAGAUUUACACAGCAGUCCCUGCAGAGCAGAGACGACCAAUCAGAGUCCUCUCCCUGUUUGACGGCAUCGCCACAGGAUACCUCGUUCUCAGAGAUCUGGGAUUUAAAGUGGACCAGUACGUGGCGUCAGAAGUGUGCGAGGACUCGAUCUCAGUGGGAGUGGUCAGACAUGAAGGAAAGAUCCAGUACGUCCAUGAUGUCCGGAACAUCACAAAGAAAAACCUGUUGGAGUGGGGUCCUUUUGACCUGGUGAUUGGAGGAAGUCCCUGCAACGACCUGUCAAUUGUCAACCCUGCGAGGAAAGGUCUCUAUGAAGGUACAGGGAGGCUGUUCUUCGAGUUUUAUCGUCUGCUGAGUGAAGCAAAGCCCAAAGAAGGAGAGGACCGGCCAUUCUUCUGGAUGUUUGAGAACGUGGUUGCCAUGGGCGUUAACGACAAAAGGGACAUUUCACGAUUCCUGGAGUGUAAUCCUGUGAUGAUUGAUGCUAUUGAGGUCUCAGCUGCUCACCGUGCCAGAUACUUCUGGGGAAACCUGCCGGGCAUGAACAGGCCUCUUUGUGCCUCUGGGAUGGACAAGCUUGAGCUGCAGGACUGUCUUGAGCACGGCAGAGUUGCAAAGUUUGGGAAGGUGCGUACCAUUACGACCCGCUCCAACUCCAUCAAACAAGGGAAGGACCAGCACUUCCCUGUCCUGAUGAACGGGAAGGAGGACAUACUGUGGUGCACUGAGCUGGAGAGGAUUUUUGGCUUUCCUGUCCACUACACUGACGUGUCAAACAUGGGUCGUGGUGCCAGGCAGAAGCUCCUGGGCCGGUCCUGGAGCGUCCCCGUCAUCAGGCAUCUAUUCGCACCUCUGAAAGACUACUUCGCCUGUGAAUAGACACCACCAAUCACCAGCAAAGAGACCCCUCUAAAGAACAGCUUUCCUUUGUGAUACUGGCUCUGACAAACAUCAGCCACCAGCCUUAAAAAAGCUUUCAGAAAGAGAAAGAAGAGACACUAUGGCCAGAAAAAGGGCACUUUCAUUAGGAAUAAGUGUCACAGGAGAAGGCUUUUGUGAAACCUGGUGUCAAUCCACUACAGUCUUAAAAACAUCCUUACAGAGAGAUACAGCAAAGGGGAGGACCUUUGCUGUGGUAGGAGGAAAGGGAGAGUCAAAAGCCAGGUUUCUGGCUAUUUUAUUUUUAAAAAAGUAGGUGGCAUGCACAGCAGUUUUAAUAGACUUUUAAAUACUUUUAAAAAUGUUUUUAAGUUGACAACACAUAAUAGUUGUAAGGAAAAGUAGAACAGCAUGUCUGCCCCUGACUGUACAACUUUAAGCGGCCCUGUAUCCAACUUUUGAAGUGCAAAAAAUAUCAGAGUUUGCUCAACUCUCUGUUAAAGUAAUGACAACAGCUUGUGUCAAGCAGGCUGCUGUAAAUCUACACACAACACUUUUAAAGUCACUUAAACCAAAGUCAUGAAAGGGAAAGCCCUAGUUCUCUUCUGAAAAUGAUAUUUUGGUACUUUUAAAGUUGGGUUAAAUAAAAUACUUGGCAAUAGUUGUGGCUCUACCUUUCAACAAUUUCGGUGUGUGCUGGCCCUUUAAGAAGGACUCCCAGAGAAUCUAGUGUAUACAGCAUAAAAGAUGGGUACAGUUUCUCUGCAGUGUUUAGAGUUUUAAACAAAAAAUGGGCUGAAAAGCAAUGCUGGCUCAAACAUAUGCUCUGUUAAAAAAUUGCAAUGCAACCUUAGGCUAUACGUUCUACUGUCUACUCCUGAUCAGCUGCGCUGCUUGGGCAUGCAGGCUUCGACAGAAAUUUUCGUUGUAGUGUAUGUUUGAGCCAGCAUCGUUUCUUGGCACAUUUUUAUUUAAAACUCUAAAAAAAACCAUGGAGAAGCUUUACCCAUCUGUUAUGCUGUAUAGGCUAGCUUCCCUCUCUGUACAAUGAGCCAGUCUUUCUUAAAGGGUCAGUGCUCACUGAAACCUCUGGAUGCUAGUGUAACUAUUAUUGCCAAGUACCUCAUAUGACUCAACUUUAAAAAUACCAAAAUAUCCCUUUUAGGCUAACUGCUGCUCCACUAGUGUUUCCUGAGUUUAGUUUACCCAAAAGUGUUUCUUUCAUCACGACACUGUGAAUUUCUUUCAGAAAUCAGUUAUGAUAAUAACUUACAACUUAACGGGAAAUAACAGCUGAAUAUCUGUUACUCUAAUCAGAAACAAAAUAUAUAUAUGGGAUCAUCCAGCAGCAACACAGCCCAGGAUUCUUGUCCAUUGCUUCCAAAAAUUCUGAUCUUCACUUAAAUCUAGUUUCUUACUUUCUUCCCUGUUGAGCAGCUUUUUCCUUUCUGGAUAGGCGUAUUUGAAAGAAAUCUUUUGUGUUGUAAUUGAGCUGCUUUUUAUAGUGAAACACAUUCAGGAUAAGAAACAACUGGAGUAUGAGCUAACCUGGAAAUUAAACAGGAUUUUGCCUUUUUAUUCAGAUGAGAUUAUAAUUGCUGUCUCUUCAUUAAAAAAAUAUAUAUAUAUGUAUUUUCUUUUUCUCUUUAGUUUAUAUGAGUAACAAUAGCUUCUUUAGGAAAGUAUAACAUUUUGAAAGAUUAUGUUUUUGUGUAGACAGCAUAAAACUUUUAUGUAGCAAUGUUGCAGUCUCCCUCAGAGCCACAAACAAAUACUUGAAACUAUCCAAUGCAAAAUAAUCAAUGUUUAUCCUACUGUAGAUGUUUAGAUUCCACUUUAAAGGGCUAGUUUAGCAUCUUGAAUCAGGGUUGUAUGAGUUACCUGUCAACAGUAAACACAUUAGCUCAGCAGAUGCUGGCAGCAUGGCUCCUAUAAGGAGAGAGAGAGUAGGCAUGGAAGCAGGCCUUCAUAAUAUAACAUAUGUGUAUGUUUGCUCCAGGAUAUUUUGCUCAUGGAAGACAGUGUUAAAAGCAAAGUAUGGGUAAAUGCAUAGUAUAUGGAGAAAAAUCACAGCAUUUUACUUGUCUUCUAGCAGGUCCUUGCUUCUGCUAGAACACAGGAUAUGCGGCGUGCUGAAGAAGUGAUACAGCAAGGGGGGUUGCUCACUGAAAGUAAAGCAUUAUGAUUUUUUUUAAAUAUAGUCCACAUGUACUCAAAGAAAAAUUGCAUGAAGAAAAAGAUGCAUGUGCUAACCAAAGCCCUCAUAUAAGCAUGAGUCGAAAUAAACCUCCAUAUUUUUACCACAUUUACAGCAGACUACUUUUAGAAGACAGUAACAGUAAGCCUUUGCAGUGUCACAAAGUACAAUUAACAAGCCCCCAGCAUUUAUUAUGUAUCAAGCAGGCAUCUGCAAAGUUGCCUAUAUUUCCUUUCUUCAUAUUCAUCUCUCUACUCCGUGACCCUACAAAUGUUUUCCUUAGUGGUGUAACCAGCUUAUCCAACACCAGUUAAACUAUGACACCGUUGUGUACAUCAUACAAAAUAAAUGAUAAAAACUUGGCAUUGAAGUUAAAUCUUUUGGCUAUUUCAUUCUGGAACUUAUAAUUGUUUUAUUAUCAUUUAAAAUUUUACCUCAGUUUUAAAUUAGGUCCAUGUGUUUUUGCAAAUGACCUCUAAUGGCCCACUUAGCACGGCCCACACUUGGGUAGUACUCUGCUAAGUUAUAAAGCCUAGAUUCCAUGCCUGCUCUUGCCCUCCCUCUCCUUAAAGGAGCCAUGCUGACCAGCACCUGUAACAGUAUGACCUCACUUACCUCCAUUGUUUACAUGCAUUCAUGAACUGAGGAGUCUUUUCAAUAAAACCUGCACUUCAUAAGGUGUUUUGCUAACCAGUGUUGUAGUUGCAUGGAUGACCUUGAGGGAGAAAAGAUGUUUAAAAAUGGUGAUGCCCUCUGGCCAUGCACUGCUGCAUGCUCACAUGUGUGAAGCAUGCAUUGCAAAGCAGGAAGGCAUCGCCACUUUUGAAGCAGUGUCUCUCCCUCAGUGUGUAAAAACCACCCAUGAGAUGAUUAUGAUGGCUUAGUGAUCUAUAAAUACGCAUUUUCAAGUGCAUUUCUUAUAGAAAAGACUCCUCAAUUUAUAGGACGAAGGUAAGCAGUGGAGGGUGGAGUAGAGGGAUCUCUCACUUUGCAGCUUGGGUGCAUCCUGUGAGGUUGCACCUUUUUUUGGCUAAUAUUACGGAUGAAAAGAUACCACUUAUUUUCAGACCAAGUACUAGUAGUUAGAUUUGGGAACUCACGAUAUCAGUAUUAAAAAUGCAAAUACAAUUUUUGAAACUAUUUGAAAGUUUGUGUUAUUUUCAUCAGACAUUCUUUACCCUUCCUCUUGACUGUUUAUCAGGGUAUAGUUUGCAGCCUGCUCUACUUUUGGCACCUCCAUUUAUGUUAAAAUGUCUCCAAACUGCAGACGUCACUUCAACUUGCCAACCUAUCAUGCUGUAAAACAAUAUCAGGUACAGAAUCUGCAAUUUUAACAUACUUACUAUCACCAAUUACCUCGUACAACCCCACUUAAAACAUACUGAACUAUCUGUUAAAAAUAGUAUUAUCUAGUUUUUUGCAGUGGCUGAUAUCAGUGGACACAUGUGGCUCAUUUAAAAUCAGGAGAGAGAGUUCAAAAGGGGGUUUCACAGCUUUCAAGAAACAAGAAAAUGGUGGGAAACACUGGUAAAUGCACAUUAUUUUGUGAACUAGCACUGACUCCUUUUCCUUUAAAGGACUUUUUCCAGUUUCAGAGAUUUUGACGAGAACUGCCUUAAAAAGCGUUUUUAUUGCCUGGCAUACUCUAUGCUAAAGCUUUAGCAUGUUCACCAGAAGUGAUAGAUAUUUUACUGUGUGGUUUAUCUUUUUUAACAAGUUUUUGAUGUGUCUAGUGGACCGAACUCACCGAACUCAGUGCAGUUUUUUUAUAAACCUGUUGUUUUGUUUUUAUAACUGGAUGGUUUUUAAAUGCUGUCACCAAAUCAAACUAAACGGGCAUUACCUCAGACAAAGGGGGCAACUGUGUAUCAUUCCUCCUGUAGGAUCUCUCUUCUGUGAAUAUAUACUGUAGCUUUCUGCUCCCUCAUGCCCUGUGUAUAUAUAGCUUUUAUUUUUAUCACUGGAACUAUUUUUAAACAAUGUUUCAUGUACUGUAUUGGUAGAAAGGUUUACAAGUGUUGAAACUCUCUUGUUUGACCAAUAACAAAAAAAUGCACAAGCUUUCUUGAAGAGUUUUUCAUUGAGACACAGACAACUUCAGUGCUUAAAAUUCCCCUAACAGUGCCAAUGGUGACUUCUUCAAGUCUUCAAGUGUGAUAUUAGUCCUUCUAAAAACCAAAAAGUAAUUGUUUACAUGCCUCACUAAUACUGCUGAAUGUUUUUGCUUGAAAACAGACCAUAAAAAUAGUCUAGGUUUUCUUAACUUUUAGUAACAACUAAAAACUUUUGUAUUGAGAACAUAUAUUUACAUGAUAUAAAGCUUGCUUGAAAUUUGUAAUGUUAUAGCACGAUAUAGAGCAUAGUAAUCAAUAGCUUUUGAAAUCUUGUGUAGAUUAGUGUGUAUUUGUAGAUUUGAGUGUGUCUUAUAACUAAGUUUUUAACUAGAACAUUUUUAUGCUUUACUUUUGCCCAGAGUAACAUUUUUAGGAUUGUUUCUUUUGCUUUUUUGCCUUUUUAAAAAUCUAUGGUGCAAACAUGUUUGAAAGAACAGAUUAUGUGCUAUUUUUAUACUUUAUUUGAUGUAUUUUUAUGUUUGUAUACUUCUUAUAGCAACCUAUAUAUAAUUUUUACUCAAUAAAACGCAG